AUGCACCGAAAUUUGCGUGGAAAGGAUGCUGUUUGGGACGAGCUUAAAGAAGAUGUGGUCACAGCGCAGGGAGAAACGCUGGCGGCAAAGAUCUUCGACUGCUUCCCCUUCCACGAAGCCUGUGGAAACAUCAUUGCGACCAGUCUCUUGGGUCCGGGCGGAGGCGGCCCUUUUUACGUCCGCACGCUGGACAUAGGUCGUAGCGUGGACGAGAAACACUACAUCAUUCUUAUGGAAUACCUAAAGCACGACGCCGAGGUCGCCUACGGUGUUGAGCAGCUCCGACGCGCGGCCCAUCUGCAACAUUUUGACCUUCGGUAA